CAAGAUGGAGGCAUGCUCGCUAUGUGCACUCGGAGCAUGGAAGUAUGCGAUUUGGGACACAGCCAACGUUUCAGCAGAUACUGUCCCUCUGAAGCACCAGUGCAUCAAACUACUCUCCACACACCUGUACGGAUCAACCAGCACACAAACAUGAGCAGAGAAGCCAGUGUCCUCCCUUCCCUGAAACUGAUAUUAGUGGGGAUGAGCGGAGUAGGAAAGAGUGCAGCAGGAAACACCAUCCUGGGGAGAGAGGAGUUUAAAUCUGAGACCAGCCCCUCAUCUCUGACCCUGACAAGUGAGGGAAGAGUAGAAGACAUGUUUGGGAGAAGAGUCCUUGUGGUGGACACUCCAGGCCUCUGCAACACUGAGAUCUCAGGGGAGAAGCUGAGAGCGGAGAUGCAGACAGCCCUGGCUCUGUGUGACCCUGGACCCGACGCUUUCCUCCUGGUCAUACAGCUGGGAAGAUUCACUCAGCAGGAGAAGAGAGUGAUGGAGACCCUGCGGGAGCUCUUCCCUGAGGGAGUAAAUCAGCACACCAUGGUCCUCUUCACUUAUGGAGACAGGCUGAAGAAAAAAACCAUUGAGGAUUUCAUUAGCAGUGACGCAAACCUGCAGCAGCUCAUAGAGAAGUGUGGGAAUCGAUACCAUGUCUUUAAUAACCAGCAAAUUGAGAAUCACUCUCAGGUCUCAGAGCUGCUGCAGAAGAUUGGUAACAUGGUGGGCACUGAGAAGAAGACGUUGGAUGAAGGAGGAAACCAGCAGUCUAAUGAGCUGAGGAUUGUGCUGCUGGGAAAGGCUGGAGCAGGAAAGAGUGUAGCAAACUCUAUCCUGGGGGCAGGGGAGUUUAAACCAGAGGCCUCCUCUUCCUCUGUGACAUCACAAUGUACGAAAGCAAGAAGCGAAGUGGAUGGAAGAGAGUUGAUUGUGAUUGAUACUACUACAAAUCUCAGGAAUCCUAACAUCAUCCAGGAGUGCAUCUCUCUGUCCUCUCCGGGACCCCAUGUGCUCCUGGUGGUGAUCCAGCUGAGUGGAUUUGCACCGGUGGAUCAGGAAACAAUGGAAAUCAUUCGCCACUUCUGUGCCACAGCAGCAAAUUACACCAUGGUGCUGUUCACUCAUGCAAAUAGCCUGAAGGAAAAAACUACUGAAGAAUUUCUGAGUUGCAAUGAAGACCUUGCAGAGUUUAUUCAUACGUGCCGUGGUAGAUAUCAUGUCUUUGAGAGUGAGGAGAAUGCGGUCUCAAGGCUGCUGAAGAAUAUUGAUAAGAUGGUGAAAAUCAAUGGAGGACGCUACUACACCGAGGAGAUGUACACGAGGUCUGUCAAUGCGAAAGAAGAGCAGAAGGAGGGGAUUCUGAAAGAACAGGAAGUGGUCAAUCGAAGGGAAGAGGAAGAGCUGAGGAGACAUUUACAGGGAGAUGCCCUAAUGAAAGCCAUACAGCAGCUUCAUGAAAAAAUCGACAGGAAUGGUAGAGAGCUGGAAAGGACAUAUAACGCUUUUUUAAAUACAAGAGAAAAAACAUGCACUCUACAGUAAAUACCCAUAUUCUUUUUUGCUGAUUUAAACCAGAUAAAUGAUCACUUAAUGCCUCAUCUAUGUUGAUUUAACUUAAUUUUAAGUGUAGGGAGAGCUAACUGAGAUUCAAUUAAACUAUUUUGUUAAAGGUAACCAAGUGCCGCCUAGUAUCCUUAACGGAGGUGCUUGACCUAAAUUACUUCUGUAGAUGUGUUUUUAAAUGAUAUAUAUGAUUGUGUUUUAAAUGAUAUUAUAUCUGAUGUUUUAAUUAAAUGUCAAAAACAAGGAAACACAUGCUCAUCUAAUGGUUUAUGAAUGAACAGAAAACCUGCACACUGAAAUAUUAAAUAUUAUAUUUACAUGUAAAAUUAACAUUAAGAUUGGUUUUGAUUUUGAAUAUGUGGAUUUGUAACACUGAGCCAAUAAUAAAGUUUUGUUUUUAGACCUGAGAGAAGUGAAGAUGUAAUUCAUUUUUUUCUAUUUCUUUGUAGUUACUUGUUGUUCCUGUGUUGUUUAAUGGUCAUGGGGCAGUUCACGAUCAAAUCUGAUCAUAUGCACGUUUUGUGAAUGAGGCCCGUUGUUUGUAAAUUUGUGGUCAUUUUUCUUAUUUCUGUGGAAAAUAUCAUACUGACUAGGGUUGAACCCCGGGAAACGGGAUCCCAGGAAAUCCUGGAAACCUCCAGAAAAUAGUUUGCCCAGGAAUUCCCAACUAUAUAAUAUAAUAUAACACAAUAUAGUGGUGCAGUGGGUAACAAUGUCACCUUACAAGAAGGUCACAAGAAAGCGACUUACAAUAAGUGCACACCGAAGGUGAUUGGGACAACUACAAAACACAGGUCCCAUAACGUACAAUUCUCAACAGCUAUCCAUAGCCAAGAACACAUGCAACAAUCUGUAGACAGAACAAUUU